AUGCGUCGGUCUGUGUUACGCGCCGUUGAGACCGCGAAGCCUCUUGCUCGCGUGUCUCGUUCGGCCAGAAAUUUCGCUACGGCCACCGAGGCCUCCAAGGUAGAUGGCAACGGUGGAAUGCUCGUGCUCGACCCCGCAGAACUUGAUCAAAUCACUACGUUGUCGAAUGGCAUUCGUGUCGCCACUGAGUCUCUCCCGGGGCCCUUCGCCGGUGUUGGAGUUUACGUCGAUGCCGGAUCUCGCUACGAAGAUGAGAGUUUGCGAGGUGUGAGCCACAUCAUGGACCGAUUGGCCUUCAAAUCCACAAACAAGCGCUCCAGCGACGAGAUGUUAGAAACGAUCGAAAGCCUUGGAGGAAAUAUCCAGUGCGCGUCCUCGCGCGAGUCCUUAAUGUACCAAGCCGCCAGCUUCAACUCCGCCGUCCCCACGACCCUAGGCCUCUUGGCUGAGACGAUCCGCAACCCAGUUAUCACGGAAGAGGAAGUGCUCCAGCAGCUGGCUACGGCCGAGUAUGAGAUCACCGAGAUCUGGGCUAAGCCCGAGCUCAUCCUGCCCGAGCUGGUGCACACCGCGGCCUACAAGGACAACACACUCGGAAACCCCCUUCUCUGUCCGCGCGAGAGGUUGGAUGAGAUCAACAAGUCCGUCGUCGAGAGAUAUCGCGAUACAUUUUUCAACCCCGAGCGGAUGGUCGUUGCGUUUGCUGGUGUGCCCCAUGACGUUGCUGUCAAGCUUACGGAACAGUACUUUGGCGACAUGCGGACACAUCCUUCCAGCAAGGGCCCUGUCUUGUCGGGUGCGGGUAUUGAGAGCACCUUGUCUACGUCCGGCUCGGCCACCUCUGAAGGCCAGGUGCCUACAGUUCCCCAGUUCACGCCCUCCUCGACUGUGUCGACGACCCCUUCGUCGCAAGCCGGCCUACUCUCCAAACUGCCGUUCCUGAAGAACCUUUCUGGCUCACAAAGCAGCGCUGCGGCCCCGCUGGAUCCUUCCCUGGUCGAACCGUCGUCGCUGAACCUGAACCAGCCCUCCCACUACACCGGCGGCUUCCUUUCCCUCCCUCCGAUUCCUCCUCCGGCGAACCCCAUGCUUCCGCGGUUGAGCCACAUCCAUCUUGCCUUUGAGGCCCUCCCCAUCUCCAACCCCGAUAUAUAUGCUCUUGCAACCCUUCAGACUCUUCUCGGAGGCGGCGGAUCCUUCUCGGCUGGUGGUCCCGGCAAAGGCAUGUACUCCCGCCUCUAUACGAAUGUGUUGAACCAACACGGAUGGGUGGAGAGCUGCAUCGCUUUCAACCACAGCUACACUGACAGUGGAAUCUUCGGCAUCUCCGCGUCGUGCAGUCCUACCCGGACGACGGAAAUGCUCGAGGUCAUGUGCAGGGAGUUGCAGGCUCUGACUCUUGACACCGGAUACUCCGCCCUACAGCCCCAGGAGGUCAACCGUGCCAAGAACCAGCUGCGUUCCUCUCUUCUUAUGAACCUGGAGUCUCGUAUGGUUGAGUUGGAAGAUCUUGGACGCCAGGUGCAGGUCCACGGCCGGAAGGUCGGCGUGAAAGAGAUGUGCCACCACAUCGAGAGCUUGACCGUGGAGGACUUGCGGCGCGUCGCCCGUCAGGUGUUCGGAGGCCUGGUCCAGAACAAAGGACAGGGCACUGGCAAGCCGACGGUUGUGUUGCAGGAAGGCGAGCUUGAAGGAUAUAGACUCCGUCCUUUCCCCUGGGAGGAGAUCCAGGAACGGAUUGCAAGAUGGAAGCUGGGGCGGAGUAUAGACGAGACGGGUGACUGA